CCAUUUUCUUUGUGUGAAGCGCUGGAGCGCGGAGGUGUUUUCGCAGGCAGUGUUCCCUUGUGUUGACGAGUUCCCCCAGCAAGUAUGGCAUCUCGCAAGAAAGUGUUGCUGAAAGUAAUUAUCCUUGGGGAUUCGGGAGUUGGAAAAACUUCUUUAAUGAAUCAAUAUGUCAAUAAGAAGUUUAGUAACCAAUAUAAAGCGACAAUAGGAGCAGACUUUUUGACUAAGGAAGUAAUGGUGGAGGAUAGAAUAGUCACUAUGCAGAUUUGGGAUACUGCUGGACAAGAGAGGUUUCAAUCGUUAGGAGUGGCUUUUUAUAGAGGCGCAGACUGUUGUGUACUGGUAUUUGAUGUAUCAGCACCAACUAGCUUCAAAUCUCUAGAUUCAUGGAGGGAUGAAUUUUUAAUUCAAGCCUCGCCUCGAGAUCCAGAUAACUUUCCGUUUGUCGUGCUCGGGAAUAAAGUAGAUCUUGAAUCAAGAGCAGUCUCAAGCAAGAGAGCACAACAGUGGUGUCAAUCUAAGAACAAUAUUCCAUAUUUUGAAACUAGUGCAAAAGAGGCUAUUAAUGUCGAGCAAGCUUUCCAAACGAUAGCUAAGAAUGCUUUAGCUCAAGAAAGUGAAGUCGAACUUUACAAUGAAUUCCCGGAUCAAAUCAAAUUGACCAACGACCAAAGAAGCAAUGGUAGAGGUGAUUCAUGUGCUUGCUAGGUCUUGGAACAGUGGUAAUAUCUCAAAUGACUAAUAAAGAAUGCACAGGUCGGAUACACUCACAUCACCUGCGGCAUAAAGAACGCGGAGAAUAUAUUGCGAUGAGCUUUAUGUGUGCAGGAAGUCAUGAAAUUUCUUUCUUUAUCUCAACGUAUUAUUGUACAAUCUUCCUCUGUGUCCAUAAAACAAAAAAAAAAACAUCUCAAUAUAAUUCUUAAAAUAAUUUUGUUGAAACAGUCACAUUAGUGCACGAUAAAAAAAUAACGAGUUAAAUUUAUACAUAAAGGAAAUAUGUACAAACUAUCUCGAUAUAUGCAUACAUAUAAUUGUUUUUAUAAACGUGUGUGGGAGUAAGAUACAUUUAUCCGACUUCCUGACCUCUGAAAUAUCGCAAUUUUGAAUUAUGUACUCCCGCUGGACUUGACUUGUCA